GGUUGGAGCCUGCAGAGGUCCUGACGGUAAGGUCUUUUUGUUUGGGCCGCUGAGAGACUCGACACUGUUUGAUUCCUCUGGUUAACAACCGUUUUUUAUCUGCAUUAAUUUCGGGUGUCUUUUAUGAAUAAUCAAAAGCAGCAAAAGCCAACGCUAACCGGCCAGCGUUUCAAAACGAGGAAAAGAGAUGAAAAGGAGAGAUUUGACCCUACUCAGUUUCAAGAAAGUAUCGUACAAGGCUUGAACCAAACUGGCACUGAUUUGGAAGCGGUUGCAAAGUUUCUUGAUGCCUCUGGCGCCAAGCUUGACUACCGCCGGUAUGCAGAGACACUCUUUGACAUCCUGGUGGCCGGUGGCAUGCUGGCCCCAGGUGGAACGCUGUCUGACGACAUGACCCGCACGGAGUUCUGCCUCUUUACGGCACAAGAAGACCUGGAGACAAUGCAAGCAUAUGCUCAGGUUUUUAACAAGCUGAUCAGGCGUUACAAGUACCUGGAGAAGGGUUUUGAGGAAGAGAUCAAGAAGCUCCUGUUGUUUCUGAAGGGGUUCACUGAGUCUGAGCGUAACAAACUGGCCAUGCUGACUGGCAUCCUGCUGGCCAAUGGCAACAUAUCAGCCUCCAUUUUGAGCAGCCUUUUCAACGAGAACCUUGUCAAAGAGGGUGUCUCUGCAGCCUUCGCGGUCAAACUGUUCAAGUCAUGGAUUAAUGAGAAGGACAUCAACUCUGUUGCUGCCAGCCUUCGCAAAGUUGGAAUGGACAACAGGCUGAUGGAGCUCUUUCCUGCCAACAGGCGAAGCUACGAGCAUUUUUCUAAGUACUUCACUGACGCCGGGCUUAAGGAGUUGUCUGACUUUGCCCGCAACCAGCAAUCUAUUGGCGCCCGCAAGGAGCUGCAGAAAGAGCUCCAGGAGCAGAUGUCCCGCGGUGACCCUCAGAAGGAGAUCAUUGCCUUCACCAAGGAAGAGAUGAAAAAGGCCAACCUCUCUGAGCAGGCCAUGAUUGGCAUCAUCUGGACCAGCGUGAUGAGCUCAGUGGAGUGGAACAAAAAGGAAGAGCUGGUGACCGAACAAGCCAUCAAACACUUGAAGCAAUACAGCCCUCUGCUGAAAGCCUUCACCUCCCAGGGCCUGUCCGAGCUUAGCUUGCUGCUGAAAAUUCAAGAGUACUGCUAUGACAACAUCCACUUCAUGAAGGCCUUUCAGAAGAUUGUGGUGCUCCUCUACAAAGCUGACGUAUUGAGCGAAGAGGCCAUACUUAAGUGGUACACGGAAGCUCAUGUCGCCAAGGGGAAGAGUGUUUUUCUAGAGCAAAUGAAAAAAUUUGUCGAGUGGCUGAAAAAUGCAGAGGAAGAGUCGGAGUCGGAAGAAGAGGAGGCAGACUAAGACCUGUCUACAGAUGAGGUGUUUCCCAAUCCCUUUUAUUUGUGUUUUUUUUUUUUUUUCUUUCUUACCCAUAAUUAAUUAGCAGCAGGAGCAGUAGAAUGUAUUUUCCUUCUGUUACUUCCUUCCCACACAGACACAUCCCCUUGUACCACUCCACAGGAUUUAAACAUUUAAGCUAAUUGGGGGGGGGGCUCUGUCCUAAAUAACAUGUUUAUAUGUGAUGGUGUGUAGGGGAAGCAGACUAGACAACUAAUCCUUUUUUUGGAUUGUUAUUCUCGUAAUGCAUUGUAUAAUUUGGAUAACAAACAUUCCAUGUGUAUAAAUCUGAACUAGUAUUUGGUUAAAAUUUAAGUUCACUUUUUAUUUAUUUUAAUUUUUUUCCCUUCUCAGUCAUGUGUCUACGAGGCAGACAAAGGUUUAUGUAAUUUGGCCAGUGCCCCCUCCCCCUUCUGAAUUUUCUUUGCCCGUCUCAUGUUUAGACUCUGUACGGUUUUGAACUCGGCCUUCUUUCUUGACUUUCGGGUGAACCUGAAACCAUGUGUCGAGGUCUUUGGUCAGUCUAUCUGAAGACGCGCUCCCCAUGUGAGAUGCCUAACCAGCUAAUGGAUUAUUUGGUUUCUACUUUCUUUAAUCUGAAACAAUUUGACUUUUUUAUGAAAUAAAGAUUAUUAAUAUGGUUAAGAA